AACUACCUCAAUUUUUUUGGCUGCAAUUUCUACCAUACAAAUAUGAAUUCAUGUUUGCACAACCGGUCGAAUAGCGUGCCUUCUGCGCCGCAUCCUUUGAUAUCGCAAUAUGCAAAGCAUUUCCAGAGGUUGAAGGCUUCUGAAGCUGCCUCCACCUCAUCAAUAAGCUCUAAAUUCAACGGUUUGCAGGCUUUGUAUGAAAGUAGAGAUAAGGUACUUCUAUUGCAAACUAUGCAACAAGAACUCAGAAGCGAAUCUUGCAAGAAAUCGGUCGAUGAAUUGCUAGAAGGGUGUCUGAUGCUCUUGGAUAAUUGUGCUACUGUCAAAGAUGUCCUGCUACAAUCAACAGAGAUCAUAUAUAAGGACUUCAAUGGGCCGUUUGCAAAAAGAGAUGGGGCGAAUCAGCAUUACAAUCUGAGGGUAAUAAAUACUUGUCCUAAGCUUAAAAGAAGUAGAACUCUUCACACUGAUCCAAUUAGAGUCUUUGUUAUCUUUCGUCUAUGGCUCCAAGGCGAAACCAAAGAUGAGCAGUUGAACAGUAGUCUCCAAAAUUUGGAGUUAUGCAUUAAGAAUCUUGAAGAAGGAAUUGAGUCAUUGUUUAAGUGCUUAAUCAAAAUCAGAGUUGCCCUUCUCAACAUUCUUAAUCAUUAG